AUGAAGGAUUUAGGACCUCUUCAUUAUUUCUUGGGCAUUGAGGUUGAUAGAAAUUAUGAUACUAAGUCCUUAUUGCUUACUCAAAAUAAGUAUUGUAUUGAGCUUUUGGUUAAGGCUGAUAUGGUAGAUUGUAAGCCCUGUAGUACUCUUGUUGCCAAAGGUCCAAGGUGCUCUCUUUUUGAUGGUGAUCCACUACAAGAUCCUUUACACUGUAGAAGCCUUGUUGGGGGAUUGCAGUAUCUUACAAUGACAAGGCCUGACAUUGCAUUUGCAGUCUCUUAUGUGUCACAAUUUAUGCAUCAACCUACAACUGCUCAUUUGCAGUUAGUUAAGAGGAUUUUAAGGUUUCUUAAAGGCAGUUUAGGAUAUGGAAUUGUUCUUGGUUCUUCAGAUAUUUCUACAGUUACAACAUAUUCAUAUUCUGGGCUGGUUGCCCUGAUUCAAGAAGAAGUACCUCUGAUUAUGAUGUUUUAUUGGGCUCUUGUUGUAAUAUUAAGAUUGCGGUAA